AACUGAAUUCUGUCGAUUUAUCAUGGAAAUCACGUUUUAACUAUUUUCUGAUAGAAAAUCCCCAAUGGAUAGUUGCAGUGUUAGAAAGCAUAGUGGGUGUCAAUAUAAAGUGACGGCCAUAUUUGCCGGUGCCGCUGUUGUAAACAAAAAGUGAGAGACAGACGCUUCACUGAAUUUCGGGUCAUUUUUAUUUCUUUAAUUUACAAUGUCUUUGGGAAUGUCUUAUAAACCCAAUGUCCAUCAGCACAUUCCGGGAACUUCUGGGAACCACGCAAUUGGAAGUAUCCAGUCUCCCUCAGCAGCUAACCUGGCCACGUUACAGCCGUACAGGCCCCUUGUUAGUGACUACGGGCCGCCGUCUUUGGGAUUCUCACAGGGUUCCACUGGUAGCCAAGUGCCUCAGAGCAAAUAUGCAGAGCUGCUGGCCAUCAUCGAGGAGCUGGGGAAGGAGAUCAGGCCCACAUACGCUGGAAGCAAGAGCGCCAUGGAGAGACUGAAACGAGGAAUAAUCCAUGCCAGGGGGUUGGUGCGUGAAUGCUUGGCUGAGACGGAGCGAAACGCAAGGUCCUAGCCAUGAAGACACAUUCCUCUCUGCAAGAAUUAACAGUGUACGUCUCAUAAUAAAAAAAAAAAUAAAAUAAAAAAAAUAACUGUUGCAUGGUAUUUCCUUUGAGAGGAGGUAAAGGAAUAAGGGAUAGGGGGAAAAAACAGAUCUAGAAAAAAUGACAGUAACAUAAUUGUAUCAUGACUCCUGAGGCUUCUGGAGGAUCAUUUUAACCAUGUGUGGACUAUUGGAAUACAAAUGAGAGGAUAUUGUAUGUUUUUUUUUUUUUUAUGCUCCACUUUGGGGGUCUUAGUUUUGACUUCAUAUUUAAAACAAUGAUUUAUGCAUGCGAAUGGGCCCAUGAUAGCCAAUGGGUUAACUGUAGACACUGCAUGGCUUGUACAGGACUCGACUAGACGGAGAGGAACUCUUUUUGAUAGAAUUUGGUCUGAUUUUCAGACCCUUAUAACACACUUGGGUGAGUGAGUAAAAGAUAGAGAUGUGCCAAAUGCAUUGGUUUGUUCUUGUUGAGGUUGGUUUUGGUAUUAAAAAAAAAAAAAAAAAAGAAGAAAAUGCUGUUACUUGCAUCUUUGUAUGUAUUUAUUACUCAGUGUAAUAAAUUGUAUUUU